AUGGCUGAAUCCAACGCUGCCGCCGCCCCGGCAUUAAACACCAACAUCGAGUCGGGCAACUUCGACGAGAAGCAUGCACACCGCGGCCAGGAACCGGUCCAGACCAACCCCACCAUGAAGGCCAAGCCUAAGGAGGCAGACGAAGAAGAUGAGGACAUGGACGCCCUGAUCGAGGACUUGGAAUCUCAGGACGGCAACGCCUUUGAGGAAGAGGAGGAGACCGAAGGAACUCCUGGAGGUGGCCGCGUCAUCCCGGAAGAGAUGCUGCAAACCGACACUCGCAUGGGUCUCACUGAAGCUGAGGUCUCCAACCGCCGUCGCAAGUAUGGUCUCAACCAGAUGAAGGAGGAGAAGGAGAACCUGAUCCUCAAGUUCUUCGGUUUCUUCAUCGGUCCUAUCCAAUUCGUCAUGGAGGCUGCUGCCGUCCUUGCUGCCGGUCUGGAAGAUUGGGUCGAUUUCGGUGUCAUCUGUGCCCUUCUGCUCCUCAACGCUGCUGUCGGUUUCAUUCAAGAAUUCCAGGCUGGUUCAAUCGUCGAUGAGUUGAAGAAGACUCUUGCUCUCAAGGCUGUUGUCCUCCGUGACGGUACCCUCCAGGAAGUCGAAGCCCCUCAAGUCGUUCCCGGAGACAUCCUGCAGAUCGAGGAAGGUACCAUCAUUCCCGCUGACGGAAAAAUUGUCACCGACGAUGCGUUCCUCCAGGUCGACCAGUCUGCCAUCACGGGUGAAUCUCUCGCUGUCGACAAGCACAAGGGUGACCAGUGCUUUGCUUCCUCCGCUGUCAAGCGUGGUGAGGCCUUCAUGGUCAUCACUGCCACUGGUGACAACACCUUCGUCGGUCGUGCCGCUGCCCUCGUCAACCAGGCCUCCGGCGGCUCUGGUCACUUCACUGAGGUGCUCAACGGUAUCGGUACAAUUCUGCUCAUCCUCGUCGUCUUCACCCUCCUGAUCGUCUGGAUUUCUUCUUUCUACCGAUCCAACCCCAUUGUCGACAUCCUUCGGUUCACCCUCGCCAUCACCAUUGUCGGUGUUCCCGUCGGUCUUCCCGCUGUCGUCACCACCACCAUGGCUGUCGGUGCCGCCUACCUUGCCAAGAAGAAGGCUAUCGUGCAAAAGCUGUCUGCUAUUGAGUCCCUCGCUGGUGUCGAGAUUCUCUGCUCUGACAAGACCGGUACAUUGACCAAGAAUAAGCUUUCGCUGUCGGAGCCCUUCUGUGUCGCCGGCGUUGACCCCGAGGAUCUCAUGCUUACUGCCUGUCUCGCUGCUUCCCGCAAGAAGAAGGGUAUUGACGCUAUCGACAAGGCCUUCUUGAAGUCUCUCCGAUACUACCCCCGUGCCAAGGGUGUUCUGACCAAGUACAUCGUCAAGGACUUCUUCCCCUUCGACCCUGUUUCGAAGAAGGUCACUGCCGUUGUCGAGUCUCCCCAGGGCGAGAUCAUCACUUGUGUCAAGGGUGCCCCUCUUUUCGUUCUCAAGACUGUCGAGGAAGACCACCCCAUCCCCGAAGAGAUCGACCAGGCCUACAAGAACAAGGUUGCCGAGUUCGCCACCCGUGGUUUCCGCUCUCUUGGUGUUGCCCGCAAGCGUGGUGAGGGUGCCUGGGAAAUCCUCGGUAUCAUGCCCUGCUCUGACCCCCCUCGCCACGACACUGCCCGUACCAUCAACGAAGCCAAGCGCCUGGGUCUUUCCAUUAAGAUGCUUACUGGUGACGCCGUCGGUAUUGCUCGUGAGACUUCUCGUCAGCUCGGUCUUGGUACCAAUGUCUACAAUGCUGAGCGUCUCGGUCUUGGUGGUGGCGGUGACAUGCCCGGUUCCGAAGUAUACGAUUUCGUUGAGGCUGCUGAUGGUUUCGCUGAAGUUUUCCCUCAACACAAGUACAACGUCGUCGAGAUUCUGCAACAGCGUGGUUACCUGGUUGCCAUGACUGGUGAUGGUGUCAACGAUGCCCCGUCGCUGAAGAAGGCCGAUACUGGUAUUGCUGUCGAGGGUGCUUCUGACGCUGCCCGAUCCGCUGCUGACAUUGUCUUCCUGGCCCCGGGUCUUGGUGCCAUUAUUGAUGCCCUCAAGACUUCCCGCCAGAUUUUUCACCGCAUGUACGCCUACGUUGUCUACCGUAUCGCCCUCUCCCUCCACCUGGAAAUCUUCCUCGGUCUGUGGAUCGCUAUCCUGAACCGCUCGCUCAACAUUGAGUUGGUCGUCUUCAUUGCCAUUUUCGCCGAUGUUGCCACCCUCGCUAUCGCUUAUGACAACGCCCCGUACUCCGCAAGCCCCGUCAAGUGGAACCUGCCCAAGCUCUGGGGUAUGUCGGUCGUUCUCGGAAUCGUUCUCGCUGUCGGUACCUGGAUCACUGUCACCACCAUGUACGCUCAGGGUGAGAACGGUGGUAUCGUCCAGAACAACGGUAACAUGGACGAGGUUCUGUUCCUUGAGAUCUCGCUCACUGAGAACUGGCUCAUCUUCAUCACCCGUGCCAAUGGUCCCUUCUGGUCCUCUAUCCCAUCGUGGCAGCUGGCUGGUGCCAUCCUCAUGGUCGACAUUCUCGCCACCUGCUUCUGUAUCUGGGGUUUCUUCCAGGGUGGUCAGCUCACCCACAUUGUCGCCGUCGUCCGUAUCUGGAUUUUCUCUUUCGGUAUCUUCUGCAUCAUGGGUGGAAUCUACUACAUGCUUCAAGACAGUGUAGGAUUCGACAACCUCAUGCACGGAAAGUCACCAAAGGGAAGCCAGAAGCAGCGAUCUCUCGAGGACUUCGUCGUCUCACUCCAGCGCGUCUCCACGCAGCACGAGAAGUCGCAGUAG